AUGGAACUAAGAAAUCUGAAAAAAAUGAAAGUGUUUACAACAUCAACAACAUUUACAACCGCUGAAACUAACGAAAAAACCUCGACAACUGAUCGGCAAACAACAACUGUUGAAACUACGUCAACCGAUCUGCAAACAACAACUGACAAAACCUUGACAACUGAUCUGCAAACAACGACUGACAAAACUUCGUCAACUGAUCUGCAAACAACAACUGACAAAACCUUGACAACUGAUCUGCAAACAACAACUGACAAAACUUCGUCAACUGAUCUGCAAACAACAACUGACAAAACCUUGACAACUGAUUUGCAAACAACAAGUGACAAAACCUUGACAACUGAUCUGCAAACAGCAACUGACAUCAUUUCUAUAACUGAACAGAAAACAACUGUUGCUAUUAAACCACAUCAGUGUUUUUGUCCAUGUGUUAGCAAGAAUUUGUCCGAGGAAGAAUUGUAUGCUAUGAUCAAAGAACUAGAGAAAAAACUUACGGUUGACAAGAAAACUACGUCAGCAUAUAUUCGACGUCUCACAAGUGCGCGCGAUGACCGGAAAUCGUCGGUUGCUAUUGGUGCUGUUGGUAUAGUUGUUGUAUGUAUACCUGUGGUUCUCAUGACACUAAACGAUUUUAUUGGAUUUUUUUUUACGAAAAAAAAGAUGAAAAAAGAGUAUUCUGAUAUAGAUGAUACAUUUAUUAGACAUUAGAAUAAUGUU